GCACUGUAAAACCGUCUGUGGUUACAGGUUUAGCCUUUCCAGCUGUAAUGUCGAAAGACUGUAGGAAGUCUUGAUGCUCCAGAUGGGAGGGGGCGGACACAUUCCGAUAACCCCACAACGGAGUCUUUUUAAGGGGUUUUGGCCGCAAUACACUAGCGAUUGUUUUGAACGCUUGUAUUGAAGACCCGCAGAAGAAAAUGACCAGCGAAGUUGGACCCGAAGAGCCCGAGGUUUGUGGCGCUGCUCCGGCGGUUGCUGCAGCGCAGAGCGCGAGCGGCUCGGCCGAGGCCGGGACAUUACUGGAAGUUACUUUCCAGAAGAACCACAGACAAAAAUACAAAUUCCUGGAGGCAGAACCCAAGAUUUUAGGGGUCACCGAGAUCGCGCUCACUGUCUUCUUCGUUGUUAGCCAAAUUCCGUUUUAUUACUUUUAUAAAGGACUAUCUGCGUUCUAUAGAUUCAUGGUGGCGUUUUCAUGUGUUGUAAGUGUCCAUUUUAUAUGUUUUUAUUUUAAUAUGUUUGAAUUGUACAAUAUGUACAACUGUUUUCAUAUUAUAACUUGCCACUAUGUUUCCUUUAAACAGGGCAUUAUUUCUGGCAGUGUGGCCAUUGCAUCGCAGAAACUUCACCUGCCAACACUUAAGGCUUGUUUGGGAAUGCAGGUGGUCACGUGUGUGGCAUAUACCUUCUGUUUUCUGGGAACUAUUGCUGAGCCAUAUUCAGACUCAGGCUGCUGGUAUCAUUAUAAUCAAAGCGAGAUAACACAUGAAAAUAACAUAUGCAUACAAAUAGAGAAAGGAUUUGCUCUUCAGUAUUCAAUAGAUCAGCUGAUGGAGGUGACUCAGAUUGUCCUCUCCAUCACAAUAGCUGUGUACUGCUGCAAGGUGAUUCCUUGCUGCGCUCCCAGAUCUCAUGUGCCUGUCAUCGUUAUGACGCCACCCACAGCUGCGCAAUGAAAGUGGGAGUGUGUGCAUCCAAAAAGGCUAAUAAUACUAAUCUAAAACUAAAUCUUAGAGCACAUUAUGAAAUGUUAAUACAUUAUACCAAACAUAUCACUUAUAUAUCUAUAUACAAAUAUUUAGAGAACAUUAAAACAUCUUGUCUUUAAA